GGUGAACAUUUUUUAAAAAUAUUUAACUGAACGCUAAUGGGCGCUGUGGUUUCCCGGCAUCCUUCUCAAAACCGUAGAAGAAGAGUUCAACCCGGAAAUUACGGUACCUGCUUUUACCUUUGCGAAGCUAGAUAAACAAACCAAAAGCAGUCAACUUUUUUUAACAUUUAAUUAUUUAAAUGAUUUGAAACAUUUUUACGUAUCGGUAUAUUGAAAAAAUGAUUUUCAACAACAACGUGGUGAAGUGAAUUUCCUGGAAGAAAAGAAAUAAGAGAGCUAGCAUCCCAGCUGCCGUGAGAAGCUGCAGCUAGCGGAGGUUGUGGGGAAACAGGUGUAGAACUCGAGCUGACUUUUGACCGGAACUUCACUUCGUGAAAUCCACGCAUCGUCACCAUGGCGUGGGCUCUGAAAUUGCCUCUCACGGAUGAAGUGAUAGAGUCCGGACUGGUCCAGGACUUCGAUGCCAGUCUCUCCGGCAUAGGGCAGGAGCUUGGUGCGGGGGCGUACAGUAUGAGUGAUGUCCUUGCCCUCCCCAUCUUCAAACAGGAGGAAUCCAACCUCCCUGCUGAUAAUGAAAACAAGAUUCUGCCGUUUCAGUAUGUUCUGUGUGCAGCUACCUCUCCAGCCAUUAAGCUGCAUGACGAAACACUCACCUACCUCAACCAAGGUCAGUCCUAUGAAAUUAGAAUGCUUGACAAUCGGAAAAUUGGGGAGCUUCCGGAAAUCACUGGGAAAAUGGUGAAGAGUAUUAUUCGUGUGGUGUUCCACGACCGCCGGCUUCAGUACACCGAGCACCAGCAGCUUGAAGGCUGGCGCUGGAACCGACCCGGUGAUCGCAUCCUCGCCCUGGAUAUCCCCAUGUCGGUGGGGAUUAUUGACCCCAGAGCCAACCCCACUCAGCUCAACACUGUGGAGUUUCUUUGGGACCCUUCCAAAAGAACCUCUGUCUUUAUUCAGGUUCACUGCAUCAGCACAGAGUUCACCAUGCGCAAGCACGGCGGCGAGAAGGGCGUCCCCUUCCGAAUCCAAAUCGACACGUUUAAGGAGAACGAGAGCGGAGAGUACACGGAGCAUCUCCACUCUGCCUCCUGCCAGGUCAAGGUCUUCAAGCCCAAAGGCGCAGACAGAAAACAGAAGACGGACCGGGAGAAGAUGGAGAAGAGGGCUCCUCAGGAGAAGGAGAAGUACCAGCCUUCCUAUGAAACCACCAUCCUGACAGAGUGCUCUCCUUGGCCUGAAGUCACAUACGUCAACAACUCUCCAUCUCCUGCCUUCAACAGCUCGCAUAAUAGUUUUCCUGUUGCUGAAGGGUAAGGAUCGCCGAGCCACCAGCCUGAGCCUGUGGUUCAGGUGGCGGAUAAUUUAUUAGGAACAGCAACGCCACAGGACACACAACAGUGGCUUCACAGAAACCGCUUCUCCCCAUUCGCUCGUCUCUUCACCAACUUCUCAGGAGCAGAUCUGUUGAAGUUAACUAGAGAGGAUGUCAUUCAGAUCUGCGGGCCGGCCGAUGGUAUAAGACUCUUUAAUGCGCUGAAGGGACGAGCCGUUCGUCCAAGACUCACCAUCUACGUUUGCCAGGAGUCUCAGCAGGCUCGGGAGCAGCAGCCGAAACAUGAAAACGGAGACGCUGCCAGCACUUUCUAUGUCUAUCACGCCAUUUACCUAGAAGAACUCACAUCUACUGAACUGACUGAGAAGCUCGCUCAGCUCUUCAACAUCUCACCCAGACAGAUAAAUCAGAUCUUUAAGCAAGGACCUACUGGCAUUCAUGUACUGGUUAGCGAUGAGAUGAUCCAGAACUUCCAAGAUGAAGUUUGUUUUGUUCUAGACACAAUGAAAGAUGACACAAGUGAUGCCUACCACAUCAUUUUAAAGUGAUUACUAAGCACGAGGAUGUCCAAAGCUUUGGUUUUGUGCUUUUAGACCUGCUGUCAGCACAUCGUACUCCUUGUUGUUUUUGGAUGACACAGACUCUAAAUGAAACCCUUUGUGGCAGCUAGGCACAACAUGCAGAUGAAACAUCUGGCACUCUUACUUCCUAUACCUUAUUGUCUUACUUUGAAGGGAAUGGCUGCCACUACAGUGAUGUUAAAGUCCCCUCCAUUCCCCGCCAACGUCAGCGGUUGUGUAGUCAUGCGGCUCACGAGUCAAGAAAAGGUCAACGGCACUGUGAUGGCGGUUGUAAGAUUUGAGCAUCUGGUGUCUCGUUGAUUAUUAUUGUCUUUUAAAAUGCCUGAAGCGGGGAGGAAAAUAGAUGCUAAUAUUGACAGCACUUGCAUUUCAGUAUUAGUUCUUGUCCUUGUCUUUAAAAAUAUCCACAAGAACAUCUAAAACAACCAGAUUGAUAACAAAAAGUGUUUUUUUCUGUCUGAAAAUGGCUGUUACUUAAAGAAUUUUUUUUCCCAUCUUUUUUGUGUGAGCAGCUUAAUACCCAUGUGCUUGUUGAUUAUGAAUGAUAAAACAGCUUUUGUUGUUAGUGAUCACUGCGGCUUCACAAGCUGAACUCUCCUCAUUUGCUUCCUGCAUGUUUCAGCUCAUGAGCAUUUUCUGUUUGUUUUUGACAUUUGCCAACUGUACUGUAAUUGGCAUCAUCGUUUUAAAGUUGUAUUAAUGAUUGUGUUUGACCAUAUUUUUUAAAAAUAUUUUUAACAAACUUUGUAGGUUUGUCUCUGGAUGGUAACACUGUCAACUCUUUUUUUUAUAGUAGUUUACUCGAAAAAGCAGAGCUGCAGAUAAAAAAGUGUGAUUGGAUUGUUUUCAGCCUUUGUAAAUGAAGUUUAUAGUUCGUUAUUUUAGAUAUCUAAUUGCUCCAUUUCAAUAUUAAAAUGUUUACCAAUGUAA